CUCUCUCCAUCUGAAAAUUGUUCUCAGGAAGAAAGUAUCAAGUAUCAAGGCCAUGUUUGGAUAACAAGUUAAAACAACCAGAAGAGAUAGUUCUUUAGCUACUUUUAACAAUGGCCGCUCAUCUGCACCUCCCUUCUCACUACUACACUAAAACAGCACUCUUCUUCUCUCCUCCUGGGGCUCCCCUCAGUUCUGGAAAACCAAACAGGGCAUCAACCUCUUCUGCAAAUUCCAAGCCCAGUUUCAGUAAGCUCAAAGUGAGGGCCUUGAAGGAGAAAACAGAGGAAAUCAAGUCCCAGACAUCUGCAGAGGAAGUCACCAAGAAAUAUGGCCUAGAAGCAGGUCUCUGGAAGAUAUUCAAUUCAAAAGAUGAAGAUAACCAGGAAUCUAAGUCAAAAGGGGACCAAGCAAAGGAGCUUUUGGCAAAAUAUGGAGGAGCAUACCUAGCUACCUCCAUUACUCUCUCCUUGAUAUCCUUUGGCCUCUGCUAUGCCCUAAUCAGUGCUGGAGUUGAUGUGCAAGCAUUGCUACAGAAGGUCGGGAUUUCACCUAAUGAGACGGGCGAGAAAGUUGGGACUUUCGCGUUGGCUUAUGCUGCCCACAAGGCCGCAUCGCCUAUAAGGUUUCCACCUACUGUUGCUCUUACUCCCAUUGUUGCUAGCUGGAUAGGAAAGAAAGUUGAUAAAGAGAAGUAAUCUUGAACUAGUCUCUCACUCUGUAACAUAUGACAUGCAUAUAUGAUAUAUCAACCUCCUUCUCAUCAUUUGGUUGUAACUCUGUUGAGAAAGGCUAAGAAUUUUGCAAAAGAGAUACAUACUUAUAUAUGCAUAUGCAUCCUGUAAAUCAUUCAACACUGAUGAGUGUGUUAACUGGAUAAUUGACACUGAAA